AGACGGAAAAACGAAAGGGAACUUCGGAUGAUGAUGAUGAGAAUUCUCAAGUGCCUCUCGGACGACCUUUACUUCCACCCAACUCAACGUAAAGGUCGAACCUUUCUUCCCCAAGACACAAACCUUUUCCAUCAUCUUGUCGCUGUAAGCGCAUGAAAGCCGCGCAGCACGCUCUCGCUCGUACUUCGCCAUGUGCCCAUUUCGUAAUUUCCUGAAAGAAGAGCGGCCCUUUUCGCUGCCGGCCGUGACGGAGGUCCUCCGCUUCGCUUCUUGUCCACGCACUGACCCUUCGGCUUCCUUGUCUUGUGCACCGGCUGCGAAUGAUGAUGAUGAUGAGGAGGAGGAGGAGGACGUCGAGAGCGAGGGAGAGAACGGAGAGGAGCAGCAGCAGCCGCAGUUGUCUGUGUUGGCAGUGUUGGUGGGGAUCUUUAGGAAGUCUUUGGUGGCUUGCAAGUGCGAAGUGAGCGAAGAGCUCUGUGGCAUGGAGAUUGGCGAGCCCACUAGAGUCCGCCACGUCGCGCACGUUACGUUCGACAGGUUCGAUGGGUUCUUGGGCUUGCCCGUGGAGUUUGAACCUGAAGUGCCCAGGAGAGCCCCCAGUGCAAGUACACAUGUUUUUGGAGUCUCAACGGAGUCCAUGCAGCUAUCACAAGACUCCAGAGGUAAUAGCAUUCCCACCGUACUCUUGCUUAUGCAAAGACGCUUGUAUACACAAGAAGGAUUAAAGGCAGAAGGGAUAUUCAGAAUUAAUGCAGAAAAUAGUCAAGAAGAGUAUGUGAGGGACCAGUUAAACAGGGGAAAUAUGCCAGAAGGUAUUGAUGUGCAUUGCCUGGCUGGAUUAAUCAAGGCAUGGUUUAGAGAACUCCCACGAGGUGUUCUGGAUUCUCUGUUGCCUGAGCAAGUGAUGCAGUGCCAGACUGAAGAAGAUUGUGCUGAGCUUUUGAGGCUUCUACCACCAACAGAAGCUGCCCUAUUAGACUGGGCAAUUAACCUGAUGUGCGAUGUUGCCCAGAUGGAACAUGUAAACAAAAUGAAUGCACGCAACAUUGCCAUGGUUUUUGCCCCAAAUAUGACUCAGAUGGCAGAUCCCUUGACUGCGUUAAUGUAUGCAGUUCAAGUAAUGAACUUCCUUAAAACACUUAUCAUGAGGAUGCUGCGAGAAAGAGAGGAUUCCAAUUUAGAGUCACCUCCAACUACCUAUACAGAGCCUCCUGAUGAUAAUGGACACCAGAGUCCACAGAUUGGCAUUGAAUUUACUCCACCAGCAAUUGACGUUUCUGUCAGCUCUGACAAGAAUGACGACCUGGUAGGAGAAGGAGCUCGAAGAUACGAAAUCAAAGCUGAUAAUUUUGAUGGUCUUAAUGCAAGAGCUCGAGUGAGCAAAGGGAAAUUCGGACUUUGCCAAACCAGUAAAUCAAAUAUUAAAAGUUUUAAUAGAGAAAUAUAUGUGCGGGAACCUGCGGUUCAGGUAUCAGGUCCUGUUAAGACUGGAGGAAUCAGCACUCUGAGCAGGAUAAAUUCAAGGGUAGAAUGGAUAGAAGCCUGGCGAUGAUGGAAGCUACCAAGUCACCAAGCCUGCAGAGAUUUAACUGAUGAGUACAUUAUUUGUUUAGGUCGAGGUUUGUAAAGGUUGGUUAUCCUUAUAAAUCAUGUCUAUCUUUUCAUGAUUGGUGCUUGCUUGCUAAUAUUCUUCAUUAGAAGAUGCUAAUGAUGGAUCCUGCAAAACAACUGGUUUGUACUCUCUUUUUAUUAUCGUUUUUUUCUUUUGCUAAACUGGGUUGUUGGCUUCGGAUGCUAUGAAUAGCUUGUGUUUGGAUUCAUCUAACAUAGUUUUUUCUGCUUCUUGUUC